AUGGCAGGGUACCCAGAUAUAAGCCAGGUGAACCAGCCACAGCAGGACUCUUUUGGCGUCUCGACCUGUUUGGACAGCAACAAGCUCCGCGGCUUCGCUAAAGACCAAAAGUAUCGACUGCGUGCGCAUGAUAGGGAGCUCUGCUAUAAGGCAGAUUUCUCUGAGCGGAAGUCUAGCCCCUCUGCUUCAUGCACGACUUCAGCCACAGCCAUUCGCACUGAUGAGUACAGAGCAGAGCUACAGGCUGUAGCAAGACGAUACACGCCGUCCGGGGAUUUCUGCGAUAUCUAUGCUCAGCGCGAGAGGAGCCUGGCGAUUUGGCUGAUCUUCUCCCGUAUCAUCUCCGUCUCAUUGAUUCUAGGCAGGAACAGUUCGAAUGCGUUUCUAGUCAGUCGCUGCGUUUUGAACUAUGACUGUUCCGUCGCCACUGAGUCAGAAUUCAUGAAUGCUGAGGGCAGUCUAUGAGCAAGAUUUCAUGCAGCAUAAGUUCUACUUACGGUGGCUGCUCACACUGGUAUCAGACCCAUCUUCCGUCUGUACGCAUUCACGACAGCCUUGUCUGGAAAGCUCGCCAGAGGCUCCCAAGUAUGCUCCUUCCAACCCUUCCACUUCACUUUGUAGAGCAUUGUCCGCGCUUUGCCCGGGUGUGUUCGCGGAUCACUCAUGUGAUGUGCCAAGAUUGAUUCAAUUUCCCAUCCCUCCUCAUCGUCCUCAUCGCUCUCUUCAUCACUGGACUCCUCCAUUUGCUUCCUUGGUUGUGCGGUGCUCGGCAUUGGCACGCGAGUGGUCGCUGCCUGAGCAACUUGCACCGCCUGUCUUGACCGCUCUGGUGUCGCUUUCGCGUUUUGAGCAUUUCUUUUCUCUUCUUCUAAUCGCUUGUGAUAAUCACGAACUGUGCUUGGAUCCAUGAAGCUGUCGGAUGGCUCCCAUGUCAGUUCUUCGCUACCUUCCCAUUUAGUAUGAUAGAGCACGACUUGUUUCUGGCGAGGAUGAGUCUUAGGGUCUGACAUUCGAUGGCCGAGUAUAGCUUCGACAACCCAUUCAUCCUCGUCUGGCUCUUCUUCGUCACUUUCGUCAUCGCCAGCCUGCCGUGGGGCCACCGGAUUCAUGAUGCUGGUCUUUGCUUGACUUUGGUCAGGCUUUGCGGCGUGUUCAGAGUCCUCAGAUUCAUCACCCGAAUCGGCACGCUUUCCGGACGCUUUCAAGAAAGAUGCCAGGGUGAUUGGCUCCGCUGAAGAAUCAGAAGAGUCAUCAGCACUGGUUUCGGCCUUCGUGGGAUGCAUUAUAGAGGUUUUCGGUGUAGUCUUGGCCUUCGAUGCAGACACCGGGCGAUGAUUCUCACCAUUGUAGGCUAAGUCGUCAGAUUCGGAUAUUUCUAAUGCGACUUUUGCUGCAGAGGAUAUCGACUGUUGUCUCGCAGGCGUGUUUCUGAGGGAAAUACGGAGUGAGCCGCUUGAUGCUGGCCAACUUUGCGAUCUGUCGUCAGAAGAUUCGGACGCAAGCUUGAUCCGUUUCGAUCCGUGUUCCUGCGAGAUGCUCAUCUUUCUCAUGGCAGGACUAACAAGAUCUCGAGCGUUUGGAGAGAUUCUCU